ACUGCAGAAUCUGGAAAACAAGCGGAAGCAGAUAUUUGCACACUUUCUCCAAUGGCGCCGAAUGAGACCAAGUCUUGCCUGGCAUUCUUAGUCAAGUACACGUACAAUGCUACGGAAGGCAAGUGCAUGACCUAUGUUUAUGGCGGCUGUGGCGGCACUGCGAAUCUUUUUGAUAGCGAAGCCCAGUGCAUUGCCGCCUGCCCGAAGAAGGACGCCAUUCUUCAAGAUAGUGUAGACGAAGGUACAGAAAGCAAGGAUUCAAAAGAAGCAUGCAACCAGCCACUUUCCUCGGGUCCUUGUUUUGGGUUCUUCCGAAAGUUUGGUUUCAAUUCGGAAACUGGCAGAUGUGAGUGGUUUGUUUACGGAGGAUGUCAAGGCAAUAACAACAAUUUCAAUUCCGCCAGGAAAUGCCAGGACACUUGUGGAGGUUCAGAGCCUCUAACUGAUUUUCACUGUGAGAAAAAGAAUUGCGAUUGGAACUUGUGGGGACAUUAUCAAGCGAAAAACUGCAAACCCGUCUACGAAAGAGGAGAAUGCUGCCCGACGAGAUUCGAAUGCCCGGAAAAUGCUCCUACAUCUGAGCCCUCAUGCAGGUACAAGGGCAAAACGUACUCAAUUUCAGAACCCAUGCCGGAAGUCACAGAACAUGAACCUUGUCUCGCUUCGUGCUUCUGUAGUGCUGGCUACCCAGAUGCUGGUUCUGCCAAGGUAUACGAUGAA